UCAUGUUUUUUUACUAGAAAUUUGUUCUAAUCCAUGUUUAGAAAUAAUCAUGUAUGUGUGUUAAUUUAUGCUUAAUUUGCUCUGGAUAAUAUGUGUUAUGAUCUCUUUGUGGUUACAAAAAUGCUACCUGAAUGCAUAUUCAUGUUUUUUUACUAGAAAUUUAUUCUAAUCCAUGUUUAGAAAUAAUCAUGUAUGUGUUGUUAAUUUAUGCUUAAUUUGCUCUGUAUAAUAUGUGUUAUGAUCUCUUUGUGGUUACAAAAAUGCUACCUGAAUUCAUAUAUUGAUUAUUUUGCAAUGUACAAAAAAAAACGAUGAUAGCUUUUUUUUUAAUAUCACAUAAACAUUAUACAGUGUUAAGUAUGGAACACUUGAACAAAGAUUGGAUUGAUGCACCCCAAAACACAGAAGUAUAUAUUGAAGGAGUUGAGUGUUUUCUUGAUUUUGCGUUUAACAAUUCAACUGUGGAGGUUGAGGAAGAUGAUGAACCUGAAAUUUUAUGCCCUUGUGUUAAGUGUGUUAAUCGAUUUUGGUUCACGAGGGAGGUGGUCUAUGAUCACUUGAUUGUUCACAAAUUUAAUAAGAGGUAUAAAGUGUGGAAUUUUCACGGUGAAGGAUUGACUUCAAGGUUGUUGCAAAGGGAAGGUUUGCAAAGCGAUAAUUUAAGCACAUAUGACGAUACGGUUGGGAUGAUACAUGAUGCUUAUAGAGAUGUUGUAGAGGGUUCUACAAGUUUUCCAGAAGAGGAGGUUCAAAAGGGACCUAAUGAGAGUGCUAAGAAGUUUUAUAAACUACUAGAGGAUGCACGGGUGGAGUUAUAUCCAGGUUGUACAGAUUUUUCAGUGCUUUCCUUCACAGUUCGCCUCUAUCUCUUGAAAUGUGUUAACGGAUGGAGUAAUAAUUCUUUUGAUGAUCUCAUGAAGUCAUUAUGUUUAGCCUUUCCAUUUGCAAAACUUCCCCAGUCCUUUAGGCAUGCUAAGAAAAUGGUGAAAAACCUUGGACUUGGUUAUAAGAAAAUAGAUGAUUGUCCUAAUGAUUGUAUGCUCUACUGGAAGGAACGUCAAAAUGAUAAGUUUUGUCAUGUUUGUAAAGCUUCAAGGUGGAAGUUAGAUGAGAAACAAAAGGAGGAAGGUGCUCUGCCAGAACAUGGAGUUCCUGCUAAAGUUUUACGCUACUUUCCUCUAAUACCUAGAUUGCAGAGGCUAUUCAUGUGUUCUAAAACAGCUGAACUGAUGACAUGGCAUGAGAAUGGUCGUCUCAAAGAUGAUAAGUUAAGGCAUCCUGCUGAUGGUCAAGGUUGGAAGGAUUUUGAUGUUUCACAUCCUCAAUUUGCAAAAGAGUUCCGAAAUGUCAGGCUUGGUCUUACUAGUGAUGGGUUUAACCCAUUUAGAACCAUGAGUGUCUCUUAUAGUAUUUGGCCAGUUGUAUUAACAGUAUAUAAUUUGCCACCUUGGUUAUUCAAUAAGUCGGAGUAUAAUAUUAUGUCUUUAAUUAUUCCUGGUCCUCGUUCUCCAGGUUAUGACAUAGAUAUUUACUUGCAGCCUUUGGUGGAUGAAUUGAAGGUGUUGUGGGAAGUUGGAAUUGAUACUUAUGAUGCCAAAUCAAAUGAAACUUUUACCUUAAGGGCAGCAUUAUUAUGGACAAUUAGCGACUUCCCUGGUUAUGCAAUGUUAUCAAGAUGGAGUACUAAAGGUAAAUUUGCUUGCCCUUCUUGUAAUCAUGAGACAUGGUCCAAGUACUUGAAAUACAGUAGAAAAAUGUGUUAUAUGGGCCAUCGUAGAUUUCUUAAGUUAAGUCAUCCUUGGCGUCGUAAUAAGAGUGCUUUUGAUGGUACUGUAGAGACAAGGCCACCUCCUUCUACAUUAUCAGGAUAUGAUAUAUUAGAAGAGCUACAAGGAUUUGAAAAUAAGUUUGGAAAGACACAAAAAAAGGGUAAAAAGAAAUUUCCUUGGAAAAAGAUUUCUAUUUUCUUUGAUCUUCCCUAUUGGAAAACAAAUACUUUGCGUCAUAACCUUGAUGUGAUGCAUAUUGAGAAGAACAUAUGUGAUAAUGUGCUUGGAACUUUGCUUGAUAUUCCUGGAAAGACUAAAGAUAGCAUAGGAGCUCGUUUUGAUUUGCAAGAUAUGGGUAUAAGAAAGGAACUUCAUCCAAAGAGAACCGAAGAUAAUGCAAAACGUUCAUAUUCUACAGCUUGCUUUUCAAUGUCAUCUCAAGAAAAAGAUUUGUUCUGCAAUGUCAUAAAAAGAGCAAAGUUUCCUGAUGGUUGUGCAUCAAACAUCUCUAGAUCAGUUCAGUCUAAUGAGAGAAAAAUCACAGGUUACAAGAGUCAUGAUGCCCACUUUAUACUUCAUUAUUUGCUACAAGUUGCAGUUAGGAAAACACUUCCAAAGCAAGUAGCAUCAGCUUUAAUUAGGCUAGGGUCCUCUUUUAAAGCUUUAUGUAAGAAAGCUCUUGAACCUAAAGAUCUUAAACAUCUACAAUCUGAAAUUGUAGAUAUACUUUGCCAUCUUGAGAGGAUCUUCGUGCCUAGUUUCUUUGACAUAAUGGUUCACUUAUCAAUACAUCUCGUAGAUGAAGUUAAGCUUGGGGGACCUGUGCAAGGUAGGUGGAUGUAUUCCAAGGAGAGGUAUUUGGGUAAAUUGAAGUCGUAUGUGAAAAAUAGGAGUAGACCUGAAGGCUCGAUUGCAGAGGGUUAUUUAGCAGAAGAAUGCCUUGUUUUCUGUUCCCGAUAUCUACAUGACGAUUUCAGUUCAAAGCUUAGUCGACCAUCAAGAAACUGUGAUGAUACUUCCUCCCCGGAAGGAGGCCUUUUUCCUGAUGUUGGACGUCCUUUAGGUGUUAAGAAGAACAACAGAGGCAAAAGAGUUUCUUUGGAUGACAAUACUUGGACCCAAGACCAUCGUUAUCUACUUUUCAAUUGCGAUCAAAUUGAUGAUUACAGACGAGAACAUCAAGGCUUAGUUAACAAUCGUCAUACUCAAGGUAAAAGAAAGAGGUGGGUUAGAGCACAAAACCAUAGUCAUGAUUUUGUUACAUGGUUCAGAGACCAUGUAGACAAUGAAAGUGUUUCGCAAGAAAUCAAAGCUCUCUCACGAGGACCUGAUUAUACUGUUAGAAGUUUUAAGGGGUACCUUAUAAAUGGUUAUCGAUUUUCUACAGUUGCACAGGACUCAAAAAGAGAACACAAUGCAGUGGAGUUAGCUUAAUAUCUUUAACUCCGAGCUUUGCAAGUUCUAGGGAUCAAAAUCCUGUUGUGGGGAAUGUCACAUAUUAUGGAGUAGUGAAAGAUAUUCUGGAGUUUGAUUAUUUUGGACAUUUUAAAGUGGUAUUGUUUCGUUGUAAUUGGUUUCAAGUAGAGCAAGAUGAGUAUGGGCUGACAUAUGCCAAUUUCAGUAGAUUAUGUUACUCUAACGACCCAUUUGUGAUGGCGAAUCAGGUAUACCCUUUUUUAUGUGCAAGACUCUAUAGAAAAAGAUUGGCAUUAUGUUAUGAAGGCAAUCCCUAUAGAGUUGUUUGAUAUGAAUGAAGGUUUAGAUGCAGAUCUUGGGGAAUCUUAUUGGAGUGAGCUUACUGAUGUUAGUCUACCAUUAGUGACUCAUAGUGAUGUUCAUGAUGUGAGUUGGUUAAGAGAGAACAUGCCUACUACAACUGUUGAUGUUCCAGCACGCAUGUUGAACACAGAACCUGAUUUUGAGAUGGAUGCUUCAGAUGAUGAUAUUGAAGAUGAUACUUUAUGGGAUUUUAUGCACGCAUCUUAGCUAAUAAUAUUUUUCUAAUG